AUGGCUCACGCCACACCCUCCCCCCUCCCUCCCCCUAUUGAUACCUCCUCUAUCGAUAAACUGCAGCUCGCCGCGGACAAAUCCGCCGUCAACUGGCACUCCUUCAUCGGCAGCAUUCGUCGAGUUCUCUCCGAUGCAUGGGUUCCCCCCUACCGCGUCCUUGACGUCAUCCUCCGCCGUCCCCAUGCUCUCUCCCCCACCGCUCCUGACCACCCCGGCGAGACCCCUCCUCUCCCUCCCUCUCCUGGCGAUCCUCCUCGUGAACCCGACCUCCAACUCACCGUCGACCAAGCCACCGCUGAUGCAGACUUCAUCUUACGACGCCGUGCCUACCUUAUCCGCAAAGCUGAGUACGAUGCAGCAGUUGAAGCCUAUGACCAGGCAGUUGUUGGCCGCAAUGCUCAUCUUGCCGUCGUCGCCAAAUACAACCACGACUUGGCUACCUUUACCCCAAACCUCAUCGCCUGGACAGCUGCUGACACCCGCGCCUGCACCGUUCUCCUCGGUGCUCUCCCUGACUCCCUUAUGCGCCGCUUCCAGGCUCGGGAACUCCGUGCCUCGGUCAUUUGGGCCGAACUCCAUGCCAUGUUCGAACGCCGCGACAUCAGCUCAGUUGGCAUCCUCUUUCAAGAGUACUUUUCAAUCACCCUCGCUACAUGUGACGGAGCGGUCGACUAUGUCGGACGUAUGCGAGAAGUAGCUGAUCGCCUCGAAGCCCGCCAGGCUGGCCUCUCCGAACCCCUCCAAAUCCAUCGCCUCCUGUUUAACCUCACCCCAGACUAUGAAUCACGCCUUCACGCCUUUACCGAAGCCAAUCCCAUGGCCGAUCUCGCCUCCGUUGAGCAGUGGAUCAUAGACACCGAAGUCAAACUCCGCACCCCCAUUGUCAACCUCGCCUCCUCCCAACCCUCCUCCUCCUCCCUCAACGCCACCCAGCCCCGCAAGCAAGCUCGGAACAACGGCAAAGGGGGAGGUGGGGCCAAGGGAGGUGGCGGUCAGGGCAACGGCAGCACAAACAGCCGUGGCAGCACCACUGGGGAUGAGCAUGGCACCACUAAUUCGGGCGGAGCCUCUGCAGGCCGCGGAAGUCGUCCUGGCACUCUUCCGCCCCGCACCUAUCUCCGUCGCUAUGGUCCCCGGGCUGGAACACCCUGCGGGCAGACAAACCAUCCCCCUAGCACUUGCUUCAAGGCUCUCGAUGAUGCUUGGUACGCGCGGGGAAAUGUUGGCACUCCUCCCAAGUGGGGAACGAUCUCCCCACGUCCCUCCCUUGCCGACAUCCAAACCAACCCCGCUUACCUCCCUGCCCACCUCCGCCUCCUUGCUCCCCCCACACCGCUCCUCAAUCUCCAACAGCAGCACCUCCUGCAGCUGUAA